GCGCCUGUACAGCGGAGAGCGGGGCCCUUGAUUUGCACAUAAAAACAUAAGAUGUCAUGACUGUCAUGAUUGGACAAAUGAAGAUAAGGAUGUACGCAUUUCUCAUCGUAUGCAGCUGCCUUUGUCUCACUUUUACUGGAGCCUCAGAAACAGAGCGAAGGCUCCAUCAGAAGCUGUUUGAGAACUACAACAUGAAAGUCAGACCAGCUCGUUACUGGGAGGAGAAGGUGAUGGUUAGAGUGGGCAUGACCCUCUCCCAGCUUGUGAGCUUGAAUGAGAAGAACGAAGAGAUGACAACCAAUGUGUUCAUGAAUCUGGCAUGGACAGACUACAGGUUGUCAUGGAACCCAGAGGAAUAUGACCACAUUGAUGUUUUGAGGAUUCCUCCCAACAAGGUGUGGCGCCCUGACAUCUACCUCAUAAACAAUAAUGACGGUCAGUUUGACGUGGCACUGUACGUCAACGUCUUGGUUUACAGUGAUGGGACAGUCAACUGGCUUCCCCCAGCCAUCUACCGCAGCUCCUGCUCCAUAGAGGUGUCGUACUUCCCAUUUGACUGGCAGAACUGCAGCAUGGUUUUCCGCUCGUACACCUAUGACGCCUCUGAGGUGGACCUGCAGUACUUUCUGGAUGAUGAGGGCAAAGAGAUUCAAGAGAUUGUUAUAGAUGAGAAUGCUUUUACUGAAAACGGAGAAUGGGCCAUCUGUCACAAACCCUCAAGAAAGAACAUUAAGGAGGACCUGUAUGAGGACAUCACCUUCUCUAUCAUAGAAAGGAAGCCACUUUUCUACAUCAUCAACAUCAUUGUGCCCUGCAUCCUCACCAGCGUGCUAGCUAUAUUUGUCUUCUACCUGCCUCCUGGAGCAGGUCAGAAAGUGACCUUGACUAGGAAGCUACUUUGUCAAGCUUUUAGUGAUGUUUCA